GCUCUACGCAUGCGCGGCGCGCUGUUUCCUUCGGCGUGGGUGGUUUGGGCUGUUUUCGUUUUCGGUGUGGACGGGCUGUACUCGCUGCUAGCGAGUACCGGCUGCAGCGGUCAUGGGGAAGCUGAACGUGGUGAUGCUCCGGUACCUCUCCAGGGAGCACUUCAGAGUGCUGAUAGCGGUGGAAAUGGGCAUGAAGAACCAUGAAAUAGUUCCUGCUAGCUUAAUUGCUUCCAUUGCCAGCCUUAAACAUGGUGGCUGCAACAAAAUUUUGAGAGAGUUGGUGAAACACAAACUUCUAGCUUAUGAACGAACUAAAACUGUCCAGGGUUAUCGGCUUACUAAUGCAGGAUAUGAUUACCUUGCUUUGAAAACUCUGUCUUCCCGACAAGUCAUAAAUUCUGUAGGAAACCAGAUGGGUGUUGGCAAAGAAUCAGAUAUUUAUAUUGUUGCAAAUGAAGAGGAACAACAGUUUGCAUUGAAAUUACAUAGGCUUGGAAGAACUUCCUUUCGCAGUCUGAAAAAUAAACGCGACUACCACAAGCAGAGACAUAAAAUGUCAUGGCUGUAUUUAUCCCGGCUGGCAGCAAUGAAGGAGUUUGCCUAUAUGAAGGCUUUACAUGACAGAAACUUUCCUGUUCCAAAACCCAUAGACUACAACAGGCAUGCAGUUGUUAUGGAACUUAUUGAUGGCUAUCCUUUGUGCCAGGUGCACCACAUGGAAGAUCCUGCCUCUGUCUACAGUGACUUAAUGGAUCUGAUUGUAAAACUUGCCAAUCAUGGUUUGAUUCAUGGUGAUUUCAAUGAAUUUAAUCUCAUAUUGGAUAAUGAUGACCAUGUCACUAUGAUUGAUUUCCCUCAGAUGAUAUCAACAUCACAUACAAAUGCUGAAUGGUAUUUUGACAGAGAUGUGAACUGUAUUAAGGAGUUCUUUAAGAAACGCUUCAACUACGAGAGUGAGGUCUUCCCAGAAUUCAAAGAUGUCAGGAGAGAGUGUUCCCUUGAUAGAGAGGUUGCUGCCAGCGGUUAUACAAAAGAAAUACAGGAAGAUGAUGAACUGCUUUACCCAGCAAGUUCUGAUGAAGGUGAUAAUACAACAGAGGUAUCAGAAUUUGUAGAAGAUGGUGAGAAUAAACUCAACUUCUUCAGCAAAUAUAAAGACACCAAUGCAGACUUCAUGUCUGAAGUGGGUGAUUUCUCUGGAAGCAGAACCUCUGACUACUUCAUGUAUAUCAAUGAAGAGGCCGACACAACUGAAAGUAGUGAAAAUACACAAAGGCUGGAUAUGUCAAUGUUGAGUUCAGCCUUAGAAAAAGUUGAAGAGCAAACCAUGCUUUGGAAGUCCGAUGAAAGCGCAGAGAGUUCUGCAGUUGCUUUUUUUAAGGGAAAAAGCAAAACUGAAAAUGCUGCUGAAGUAAAAAAUCAGACAGGUGAAAGAGCGUGCUCUGAUGAUAACGAAGAUGAAGAUAAAUGCCCUGAUCUGGUUGACUUGUCAACUUUAAAUGAGAAAUUUGGGCAUUACAGAAAUGAAGAGAGUAUCGCUUACACUGCUGAGCACAGAAUAAGGACUGAAAGUAUCACAUCAGUCAGAAGUGCUGGGGGCUGCUCAACCAUACCAGCAGAACUGGUGAAACGGAAGAUAAAACAUCAACUGACCAAACAGCAAAAGUCUGCUCUAAGGCAACGGUUGCAAAAAGGAGAGGCAAAUAUUUAUACCAAGCAACGUCGAGAAAACAUGCAAAACAUUAAGUCAAGCUUGGAUGCAGCUUGUUUCUGGGAAUAAUUCAUUAAAGCUCCCAUAGAACAUGAGAAAACUCAUAAUGUCUACAGUUGAAAGAAUUAUGUUAAUAACCAAGAAUCCUUUUAUAUAUACACAACCAAAUGUUUCUCUGGAAGUUAAUAAACCUUAUUGUGGUUCCUGUGAUUUUGA